AUGGCGUCCACCACCCAAACUACUCCGGCCACCACUGAAGUCGUCCAGCUUCACGCUACUACACACUUCUCUAUCAAACUCACACCUACGAAUUUCCCAGUCUGGAGGCGCCAGGUUCACUCUACACUCAUUGGCCUCAACCUCCAUGGCUAUGUUGAUGGUUCUGUCCAAGAACCGCCUAAGUUUUCUGGUUCGGCUCAAACAGCCACAAACCCAGAUUAUUUACAUUGGGUCCGUCAAGACCAAGUCAUCGUCAGUGCACUCUUAGAGAGUUGUUCUGACUCGAUUCGACCUCUCGCGUCUUCGGCUUCGACAGCCUAUGAUGCUUGGCAACGCCUAGCCACUACUUACGCUAGUGCGUCUCAAAGCCGAGCUCGUAUACUUUCCCUCAAAAUCGAGCUCACUCAAAAUCCGAGAGGUACUCGGUCGAUUUCUUCCCCGGUCUCUGAUGAAGACCUUGUCGUGUACAUUCUAACGCAGCUCGGGGAUGAAUAUCAUUCAAUCUUCUCCGCUGUUUGCGUCCGACAGAAGCCUAUUUGCUUAGCGGAACUAGCCGAUGUUCUCAUUGAUCAUGAACGUCAGUUACAAGCCGAUGACCGAGCACGCCAAACCGUGCUGGCUACUGCCAAUAUCACUCCUACUACUGCUCCUUUGCGGUCAUUCUCCGAGUACAAUGGUCCGGACCAAAUACGCUUGGGUGACGGUAACUCUUUACACAUAUCUCACAUUGGUCAUGCCACAAUUCCCACCCCUUCUUCUGCCCUUAGUCUAGAAAAUGUCCUGCACGCUCCACAGCUACACAAAAGUUUAGUUUCUGUUUCACAACUUUGCAAAGCUAACCGUGUGUCUGUUGAGCUCUUUGCGUCUCAUUUGGUGGUGAAUGAUGGGGUGGAACAUGUUGGAUUGAUGGAUUCUCUUCACAGAUCAGAGUAG